AUGGCGGGCCAUGAUCUCAAUUACCUUGCAGUGUCGGGGGUGCUAUCGACUCUAGGCCCGGCGAACAGGGUGGGCGAGUGUGGGCGUCCGCUGCCUCCAAGUCCGCCCGGGAAUCUUCUUGCGGACUUCGCUGGCGGAGGCCACAUGUGUUUCACGGGAAUACUACUUGCCCUGGCACACCGUGCGCGGACGGGUGAAGGGCAGAUCGUGGAGUCGAAUAUGGUCGACGGGGUGUCCUAUCUGGCGACGAUGGCCCGGCUGUCGAGGAGGAUUCCUGGACAGUGGGGUCGGCCCCGGGGAGAGAAUCUUGUCGAUGGGGGGUGCCCGUACUACGGCGUGUAUGAGUGCAAGGAUGAGGGCAGAUACAUGUCUGUAGCGGCACUUGAACCGCAGUUCUUCACGGCGCUGUGUAAGGGGUUGGGGGUGGGUGAGAGUGAUUGGGGUGGUGAUUGCGAGGAUAGGAAGAAUUGCACAAAGUUGAGGCUCGUACCGGAAGAGAAGUUUCGAGGUAAUACGCGAAAGCAAUGGAGCAGCGCGCAGCUGUGA